GCCAUUAUAUCGCACUUGUACAAGAAAAUAAUGAUGCUGAUGAAUAAAAUUCACAUUUUCAUGCAUUUUAUUGCCGUGUCAUUAGGAUACACUGACAUGUAUCAAAUAGAUGACAGAAAAGGUUUUGGUAGACGCUUUGACGGAAUAGGAGGGAUUAGUGGAGGAGGGGCGACAUCCAAGCUGUUAAUAAAUUAUCCUGAGCCACAGAGGAGUGAAAUUUUGGACUAUUUGUUUAAGCCGAACUUUGGUGCUUCUCUACAUAUCUUGAAAGUGGAGAUUGGAGGAGAUGGGCAAAGUACAGAUGGGACAGAAGCUUCGCACAUGCACAAUGCUGAUGAUGAAAACUAUCAGAGGGGAUAUGAAUGGUGGCUAAUGGUUGAAGCUAAAAAGAGAAACCCCGAUAUUAAGAUCUAUGGGUUACCAUGGAGUUUUCCUGGCUGGUUGAAUCCCAUGGGUGAGAGAAAUCCAUACAGGUUUCCAAAACUGACGGCUGGAUAUGUCAUUAAAUGGAUCAAAGGAGCUGCCAAGUUUUAUAAUGUUACUGUUGAUUAUAUAGGGAUUUGGAAUGAAAAAGAUUAUGAUAAGGUGUAUGUAAAGACAUUAAGGAAGGAAUUAGACAAGGCAGAUUUAGUGCAUGUAAAGAUAGUAGCUCCAGAUGCCCCGCAUAUAAAUGACUGGCAGAUUUCAGCAGACAUCCUGAAAGACCCGGAGCUUGCUGCUGCUGUAGAAUUUAUAGGGUCACAUUAUCCAGGGACAAUCACCACAAAGGAUGGUAUAAAGACAGGCAAACCUUUAUGGGCUUCUGAGGAUUACAGUACUUUUAAUGACCUUGUCGGUGGAGGGUGCUGGGCUAGGAUUCUAAAUCAGAACUUUGUGAAUGGAAACAUCACUGCGACUAUAUCUUGGAACUUGAUUGCUGCGUAUUAUGACAGUUUACCAUACACAAGGGAUGGACUUAUGACUGCAGAGAGUCCAUGGUCAGGCAGUUAUGUUGUAGAAAGUCCUAUAUGGCUUGGAGCUCAUACAACACAGUUUACACAGAUUGGUUGGAAUUAUUAUCGUCAUGGUUACGGUAGUGGCCAUUUUGUUUAUGGAGGAAGUUACGUGUCUCUUGCUAGUCCUGAUGGGAAACAUCUCACAAUUAUCAUAGAAACUAUGAGUCACGACCAUUCAAAAUGUAUCCGACCACCACUUCCUCAGUAUAAUGUGAAGAAACAGACAGUCAAAUUCCAGAUCAAAGGACAAUUUGCUGGAAUCAACAUGUUACAGAUGUGGAAAAGUCAACUGAGAUUUGAUAACAUGCCAUCUACAUUCUUCAAGAAACUGAACCCAGUAAAGGUCAUUGAUGGAGAAUUCACACUUGACCUAGAUAUAGAUGAUGUCAUCACCUUGACAACAUUGAACACUGGUAACAAAGGAAGUCACCCCUCCCCACCUCCUGUCAAAGAUUUUCCACUACCGUAUAUGGAGAAUUUUGAAAAGUACAAUGAACAUGAAGAACCAUAUAACUUUGCUCAGCAAACCGGGUCAUUUGAAGUGAUUGACCUUGGUGAAGGUCACGGAAAGGUCAUGAGACAAAUGGUGACCCAGAUUCCAAUAUAUUGGUGUGCUGCUGAAAAGUUGAACUUUGCAACAAACUAUAUAGGCUCCCAGAAAUGGUCAGACAUCUAUGUGCAGGUUGAUGCAAAACUUGGUGACACAAAUUCUACGGAUGGAUAUUUUGUUGCAGCACGUAUAUUUGAAGGAGGGUGUAAACUGAUAGAUUCAACGGGUAUCUUCUUCUUCGUCUACCCAGAAUCCCAGAGAUUUGUUGUCACUGGUAAUAUAGCUCAGUCAGUCAUUCAUAAACUUGGACCAACAGGAAAACUAAAUGUGAAAGGUUGGAACACUCUAAGUCUUCUUAUAAAGGAUGGCUCUGCAGUUGGUUCAAUAAAUGAUAAAUUUUUGUUUAACAUCACUGUAGCUGACUUUAAGACUCAUGGGUUCGCUGGUGUAGGAACAUCAUCAUGGGGGAUAGCAGAUUUUGACAACUUUGUUCUUCGAAACGCUAAAGAAGGCGAAAAAAUUAUGAAUAAAAUGAAAAGAGACUAAAAUUGAUAGAAAUUUGCAAGUUUUUCUUGACCAAUUUUGGUUAAAUCAUCAAAGAAUAAUGUGAUACUUGGACUUAUCUCGAAUAUAUUUUAAAACAUUUUUGGGGCAUUUUUACAUUAUGAUAAAUUGAACUUUUACAUACUGUGAUAAAGUUCUAUAACUUGGACAUGAUUGAUUAUUGAUAAAAAUUCUAGCUAUAUUUUUUAGGAUCAACUUUGAAUGUUGCAUGUUAAUUCAGAAUUUGAAAGAAAGAUGUUUGUACAUAAUUUAUUAUAAACAUUGUUAUUGUAUUAGUUUAUGCAAGAAAAUAUUUUUACUUUUUUAUCAAAUAAUGUUUAGGGGGUUCUAUGCUUUACAGGUGUUCUAUGCAAAAUAUUAUGAAAAUUGUGUAUGUAGAUCUAUGCUUUUGUUUUGUCACAUGUGUUUACAUGUCAUUAUUUGAUAAAUUUACCAGAAUUAUGGUUUAAUGUAAGCUAGACAAUAAGUUCUUCUUGUCUAUUAUACAUAUUUUGUUAAUUUUAAUUAAGCAACUUUUAAGUUAAUGUUUUUUAAUUAGAAAAAUCCCAUUUUGUCAUUAGUUGUUUGGAUAUAGUUUUGUGACCAGUUUAUGAUUAUUUUGUUUAAGAAAGCACUAAAUAUGUAUUUUUUUUUACAAUUGUUACAAUAUAGUUGUAUUUUUUACAUAUACAUUCCACCAUUGAGAUUAGUGUAUCCAAAGAAAUUGUGUAUAUAUAUGUUGUUUAAACAUUUUUUCAAUAAGUAUUUUUCAGUAAGAUCUGUUGUAUUAUUUUGUACUUUGUUACACAAAACCUACCGUAAUUAAAAGGUAUUUUCUUUUAGAACAGUUUUAUGUUCCGGAACAGUUUGGAGAAUAGGAAGAGUUCUUUUUGGACCAUUAUAUUAUGAAAUCCAAACCUUUAAAGCGGCCUUCAUCUUUUAUUUUGGAAAAGAAAUCAGUGUUGUUUCAAACUAAGUAUUCAAUAAUUUUAUCUUGGAAAAGUGCAUCAUAUCACUGUUAAGCCUUCUUCAAAACAGCUUCGAGAGAGUUAUUUAUUACCACAAGUGAUGUUCGUUUCUGAAAAUAGAAGAUCUGGAAACAAAUCAUCGGGUUAACUAAUUUACAUAUAGAGAGUAAACCAGUAGAUUAGAGGUAUCGAGGGGUUUCCUUAUUGUUUAUGUAUUUUCUUGGUGGCAACUUUCAUUUUCCACCUUAAAUCUUUUGAUUUAUCAAUUAUUUGAAACAAUUUAUCUAAAAACAACAUAUUUGACCUUGAGAAAAGAUGAAGACUGCUUUAAUGUCUCACUGUUUAUAUAUUUAUAUAUGAGCCGCGUCGCGACAAAACCAACAUAAUGGGUUUGCAAACAACAUGGAUCCAGACCAGCCUGCGCAUCAGGCUGAUCAGGAUCCAUGUUGUUCGCUAUCAGUUUCUCUACUUGUAAUAGGGUUGGUAAGCGAACAGCAUGGAUCCAGACCAGCCUGUGCAUCCGUGCAGUCUGAUCAGGAUCCAUGCUGUUCGCUAUCAGUUACUCUACUUGUAAUAGGGUUGGUAAGCGAACAGCAUGGAUCCUGAUCAGACUGCGCGAUGCGCAGGCUGGUCUGGAUCCAUGCUGGUCACAAACGCACUAUGUUGGUUUUGUCGUGACGCGGCUCAUAUUAUUUAAAUAUGAUGAAUCUCAAGUUUGUAGUCAUAAUUGAUCUUUUUCUUUGAAAUGUACCUUGGAAUUAGUACCUGUUUUAUUUGUUUACAAUAUAUAGCAUUAACAAAUGCAUAAUUGUGUUUAUAGCUUAUAGCUAGUUUUUUCACCAUUAUUGGAGAAGGUAUUAUGUUAGUAACAUAUGGCUUGAAGGGUAAAUUAUUAGGAUCUAAUAACAGUUUUUUUUUUCGCACCUUUUCUUAUAGAUUUAUUAGGAGCUUGUAAUGGAAUGGAUUGUGAAUGUUUAGUUUGUGUUCUUUUAUUUUUAAGCAUUUACUAUGUAAAUUGGUCAAGACGGCACAGCACCCUGACCUAUUGAAGUUGGUGAAUGCUUGGCCAAUUUAAUUUGUUGAAUGUUUACUGAUGAAAACUUUCAUUUUAGUGUUCACAAUUAUUUUCUUAGUAAAAAAUAUACUAGACUGAUAGUGAGGGAAUUUACAAAAUAAAAAUGUGGUAUGAUUCAUCUGAAAUACUGCAAUCCUAUUGGACAAAAGAUAAUUUCAAACACUAACUUUAAUUAAGAUGAUAUUUGUACCAAAUAAUUCUUUCCUAACAAAAGUAUAGCACUGUUAAUGGUUUAUUAUGCAUGUAUAAAACAAAUCAACAUUUUGUUGUUUUCUGAAAAGAAAGGUAAUUGAAUAGUCAACAACAUGCUAUGAAUUGAAAUAAUCAUCACCAUUGUUAUUGUCAUGACAAGAGGUACCAAACAAUACCUGUGACACAAUACUUAUUAUAAAUAUAUCCUGAUAAUUGUACAUUACAAAAAAUGCUUAUUUCAAAAACUUAAUAAUACUACUCAUCCAUGGUCAUUAUAGGAAGUACUACAAAAUGAUAUAUCUGUGUGUUUACAAGUAGAUCUAGUAUUACUGGUGUAAUGGCACUGAUAUUAGCCGUGCAAUAGCUUUGUUUUAGCCACUCAUUUUGCUUUUAAGAUCCACUCUACUUCAAUAAUUAAAGUUCUAAAGUAAAAUAAUAUAAGGAUCUUUCCCCGGCAACCAAACAGAUUGGAAUAUCUAGGUAACUGUUUAAGGCAGUAAAGAGGCUCUGUCCAGUUUCGGCUAAACAGUUACCCCAAGAGAUAGUUAUUUCCAUCUGUGAAGACAAUUGGUGUUUGAUUAUUUUCUUGCAUAUUACAUAUUAAAUAAUAUUUUGGACAGAAAUCAUGUAAACUAAUAUUUUCAUUUUGCACUUAUUUCUUAUAGAAGCAUAUGAAUUUACAACUUCUUUCAUAAAGGAAAAGAAAUGAUGUCAUCCUAUGAAUGCAAUUCAUUCAUAAAAGGAGACCCUGAAUGACGUCAUUUAAAGACAGAUUUUUCUAGCACCAGUGAAAACAGUACAUAAUUCUGUCUGAUAUGCAAGAAUACAGCGUUUCUUCUAUUUUCCUUUUAUCCUGUGCUAAAACCAACGUCUUUUGUCUAUGUUUGUGCAAUAUUUUGUUUAUUAUGUAUUAGAGACUAGUAAUAUACAUUUAUAUAUAGAUAAAAAUAUGUAAAAACUGGGUUGUAUGUCAUAUAAAUGUUUAAGGAUAAAAGAAGAAAUCCAUUUAGAUUUGUUUAUUAUAAUGGGAUCUAUAUUUUUGUAUAUGAAAUACUCAAGACUUUUGAGAGAAAUAAACAUACUCAUAUAACAGAA